AUGGCUGUCUCCGCACCGCCCGUGAUCGCCGCAACUUCCAGCGGCGGCGCGGGGGGCUCGGCGGGCUUGUUCCGGGCGGACCCUCUGUACUCCAGCCCCGCGGAGUCCCCGCGUCUCACCAGCAGCCUCGUCAAUAGUUUUCUCUCUGCCGGCAGCGGUGGGGCCGGCGCGGGCGGCGGCGGCGGCAGUAGUAGUAGUAGUAGUAGUGGUGGUGGUGGUAGUAGUAGUAGUGGUGGCGGCGGCGGCGGCGGCGGGGGCGGCGGCGGCAACGAGUGUAAGAUGGUCGACCUGCAUGGGGUGAAGGUAGCUUCGUUCCUCGUGGAGGGGCAGGAGCUGAUCUGCCUGCCGCAGGUUUUUGAUCUCUUCCUGAAGCACCUUGUGGGAGGGCUGCACACGGUCUACACCAAGCUGAAGCGGCUGGAUAUAUCACCGGUGGUGUGCACGGUGGAGCAGGUCCGCAUCCUGCGGGGGCUGGGGGCCAUCCAGCCCGGCGUCAACCGCUGCAAGCUCAUCACUAGAAAAGACUUCGAAACUUUGUACAACGACUGUACCAACGCGAGCUCACGACCAGGAAGACCCCCCAAGCGUUCCCUAGGAGUUGCGAUACAAGAAAAUGCACGUCUCCUGCCCCACGGAGUUCCAGGCCUCUUAUCGCCAGGACUUAUCUCUCCAACAGGCCUUACAGCAGCUGCCAUGGCAGAGGCUAUGAAGCUACAGAAAAUGAAACUCAUGGCAAUGAACAGUCUUCAUGGAGGUGGGAGUCAAAACGGAACCGAAUCAGAAAACGAAGAGCUCAAUUCUAACGCGGGUGGGAGUGAAUCCUCCUGGGAUAAAGACAAGCUUCAGUCUCCCAUUACAACAGGAUCACAGCACAGCAUUGGUCAUGCCACCCUGUCAGGACAGUCGAGCCUUGGAAGCGCGCACCCACUCAGUCCUCUCCAGCAGAAUCACCUGCUCACCAACAGGAUAGACCUGCCCUUUAUGAUGAUGCCCCACCCUCUGCUUCCUGUCAGCCUACCUCCCGCUUCGGUUGCAAUGGCAAUGAAUCAGAUGAACCACCUCAACACGAUAGCUAACAUGGCUGCAGCAGCCCAAAUGCACAGUCCUCUCUCCAGGGCAGGGGCCUCUGUUAUAAAGGAACGGAUUCAGGACAGCCCAUCUCCAGCUCCAUCUCUAGAAGACAGUCAGCGGCCUGGGAGCCAUGCUUCCUCCCAUCAGAGCAGCAGCGUGUCCAGCUCGCCAUCCCAGCUGGACAACACACCUGACAGAAUUGAAGAGGUCCAAAUUGCCAUUCCAAUAAUGAAACCAACCUUAGAUAAAGUCCAACUGGCUGGACAGGCCUUACCUCCUGGAUUUCCGGCACCAUUUCUUUUUGCUGAUGGUCUUUCAUCAGUAGAAACACUAUUAACCAACAUCCAGGGCCUGCUGAAAGUGGCUGUGGACAAUGCAAGAGUCCAGGAAAAGCAGAUACAGCAGGAAAAGAAAGAGUUAAAGAUGGAACUUUGUAGAGAGAGAGAACUCAGAGAGAGCUUGGAAAGGCAACUUACAGCUGAGCUGCAAAGCAGAGCAACAAUUCAGAAACGCUUGAAGAAAGAAAAAAAGGCAAAGAGAAAAUUGCAGGAGGCUUUGGAAUUUGAAUCCAAGAGAAGAGAACAAGUGGAACAGGCGCUGAAACAGGCCACAUCAGGUGACGGUCUCAGGAUGUUAAAUGAUGCUGGAAUCCCAGAGAUGGAAAUAGAACACAAUGGAACCCAACAUGACAGUGCAGCAAUGCAAGAAAACAGAACAUACAUCAAACCCACCAUCAUGUACUGAAGGGAACACCUAAUGGCUGAAAAAUGUACCAUGACCACUAUUUGAAGACUUCUGUAGUUCCUGACAAACGACCCUUCCGACCUUUGAUGCCUUCAGUACUGUGUGAAGAGGAGGAUUUGUAGCAUGAAACUUGAAGGACGAUUCCAAGCAGUUCACUGCUGCAGCAUCGCAAACUGCCACGUUAGGGAGCACUGAGACUUUUGACAAGCUUACCAUACCAAACCAAGCCUGUUGCAACAGAUCAUUUCUAGGUCCCUGGAGAUAGAAAGGAGUUUUAGUAUUUUUAAGCACAUUGCAGGAAUUAUUCCCCUGCCCCAGCCCCUGCCCAAAAGAACUUUUUGUUUUGUUUUCCAAGGAGGUAGCUAUUACUGUAUAGCAAUGGCA